AUGGCGGAUACGAUAAGCACUUUACCAGACGAACUCCUCUGCCACAUUCUUUCUUUUCUCCAAACCAAACACGCCGUUGCAACAAGCGUUCUCUCCAAGCGAUGGAACCCUCUUUGGCGUUCAAUCCCCAUUCUCGAUUUCAAUGAUGACAACGUCAAAGACGAAAAAGGCAUUGCUCGUUUCGUCGAAUUCGUGGACUAUGUCUUGCACGCGCGAGACGCGAAGCAAGCCAUCGAAAGUUUCCACUUCAUGACUCGCAGUGCACUUUUCGACGUUUCCAGCGUUGAGAAGUUGGUCAACCUUGCAAUGGAGAGCCGAGUUGCACACCUCGAUCUCUGCGUGGGCAAGGACGAUGAAAUACCUAUUUUGCCCUUUAGCGUUCUCAGCUGCAACACUCUUGUGGUUCUCGAUGUGUGUGGGUUCAGAGUGCCGGAGUUUUCGUCAAUUGAACUUCGUUCACUCAAAACGCUGCGUUUGGAAGCGGUCCAUUUCGAGAGUUUUCGAAGCUUUAUGGACUUUCUCGCUGGAUGUCCGAAUCUUGAGGAUUUUGAAGCAGAAUAUGUAAUAUACGACUCUGAGGAUGACUAUCGUGACUAUGGAGAUAUCAAAAGCUCGACCUUAAACAAGUUGAUGAAAGCAUCUAUCUUUGACUGUGAUAUUCCUUUUCCGCCAAAGAUAUUUCACAACGUAGAGUUUCUGUGCAUGGAAAUACCCAAGGAGCAUCGUUGUUACAGUCACUUUCCCACUUUUUAUAAUUUGACCUGCAUGGAGCUUUUCUUUCUCGACCACAACUGGGAUUUGUUGGUAGAACUGCUCAAGCAUACCCCUAAGCUUCAAAAUCUUUCCCUGGAUGUUUUUGAGGAUGAUGAGGAUGGACGAAUUAGUGUAAAUGAUAAGCAAAAGAGUUGGACAGAGCCCGAAUGUGUUCCUGAAUGCCUUUCCUCACACCUUAGAACUUGCACUUUAGGAAAUUUUGUUGGCUUGCAAAGGGAGCUUGACUUAGCAAGAUAUAUUACGAAGAAUGCAAGAGUCUUACAAUCCAUCAAAAUAUGCACUCGAGGAAAGUGGAAAGUUUUCGAAAACUCAUCUUCGUGCCCUUUGAAGGACAUGGAACUGUGCAUAAAUUAA